CAACGGACGGGCGACGUACCGCGACCCUUACUGCAAUCCCACAGCUGCUCUUAAUUGCAUCUCAUUGACAUCGUCCAAUUGCUACGGCGUGUCAAACCUGCGGCAGCCACGGAGCGAUUCGCGCGUCAGCUUAUGGUACCCUGGACUCUCCACACUCUGCCAGGCGAAUGAGGGCUUAUCUCACGUACCACAAGACCCGGUAUUCGUGAACAAGCUCGCGAGCUCGGAGGAAAGGCGGGGUCGGACAUAUACAGGUCGAUUUCUCGUAGAGAGGCAGGAUCUGCGCUCGCUUCUACUCGAACUCUCUCUCCGGCCUUCCUCGAGAACCUUUCUCCCCCUACCCCCCGCGCGAGAGGCAUGCCUCCCGACAGCUCUUCGUUCACGGCGCUGAAUGUAUCAACGUCGGCUGUGCCGGAAUGGAUGGGAUCCUUCACGCUGUCCGCGCAGCCAAACACCGACCUCUGGCGCAAGCCUCCCAGCAGUGACACGUCGACCUGCCCGAUACUCUUCACGGCGCUGCGCAACCCGUUCGUGGCGGCUGAAGUGACGGUUUCGGCGGACUGGGAGCUCGAAUGGGACCAGGCGGGAUUAGUGAUAUUCGCAGGGGCACCACCUGGAAGAAUCGGCGGGGCGAGGCCAGCACCUCCUCCGCCCGCUCCGGCCCCGGUACACGCGGACGCGCCCCCGGCCUACGUCGCCCCGGCUCCGGCGUCCAAGUGGGUGAAGGUCGGCCUGGAGUUUAGCAACAACGCCUGUCACGCAACAUCGGUAUGCGCCACGGCUGACGGCGCAGAUUGGGCGCUGACGGCGCUGCCGUCGCAUCGAAGACGCCGGUCGGAUCUGCGCAUCAAAAUGGAACGCAUCGGUUACGCGCUGUGGGUGUGGUACGAGGACGAGGUCAGCGGGUGGAAAAAACUCAGAGAGGUGACAUGGUUCUUCUGGGGUGUCGAGGAUAAGGCUGUCCGCGUGGGCGUCUACGCGUCGCGGCCCGCGAAUCUUGGCGCAACACACUAUGAGCGGCGGCACGGCGGGCCGCGGGUCACGCAGCGGAAUCUGUUGGUUGAGUUUGAGGGCCUGGAGAUUUUCUGAUUGUCGUCAUUUUUCUUCG